AUGAUUAGUUUUACACAAACUUUAGCUUUCUCGACACUUCUUGCCUUGACCGCUGUCGUCACAGCACAAGAGUGCCCGUCCAAUGUGAGCGAAACCUUUGUCGCUACCAUCGACAACAGCACGUACUUCAGCACGUGUGCUGAGGGCACAACUUUCAGCAUCACGUCGGCUUUUGACGUGUUUAACUUCACAGACGCGGACUUGCUAACGUUCUGUGACUCGGACAAGUGCCUCGAACCGAUUCACAAGCUCAUGAGAUCGCUCGACUGCAACAUAACGUACCGAGGAUCAAGCAGUCACUCCAUGAGUGGGGACAUGGAUGGAGAUGCUCACGAUUCUGUCAACGUUUCCGGCGCAUCAUACGCCGUGCUGGCAGCAGGAUCGGUGGCCUAUGCCGUUAUUUUGGCUGUAAUCUUUGCUUAA